AUGUCAACGUUUACAUUCAGUACAACAGAAAAGAACAAACCUUUAUUAAUUUGUAAAGGCUUUACUUAUACUAUCGAUAAAACAACUAAUGAUAAAACUUAUUGGAAAUAUGAACAUGUUCGAAAAUUUAAAUGUAAAGGACGAAUUCACACUAACUGUACUCAUACAACAUUAUUACAUGAAAACGAUAAUCAUAAUCAUCCUGGUAAUUCCGUUUCAACUGAAAUUCGAAUAUUUGAAGAAAAAAUUCGUCACCGAGCACUUAAUUCAAACGAAACUACACAAAAUGUUAUUGAUUAUUGUCUCACGAAUUUAUCUGAUAAUGCUGUAGCUAGUCUUCCUGAUUUUAAACAUGUUAAACGAAAUAUUCAAAAUCGUCGGGGAAAAAAUGAUUUACCAGAAAUUCCACAUGAUAAAACAUUUAAUCUGAUUCCGGACAAAUUAACAGCAACAAAAUGA